GUUGCACUCAAACGAUGGAGAAGGCAAGGAGCAGAAGCUUUUCUGUUUCUUUAAGAAAUCUGAAAGAAAACCAGAGAAGAUUUUCUCUUCAGAGAGAAAAAAACUCACAGUAAAUUGCUGAUCUCAGCCAGACAUAAGUUUUCCAGAUUUCUAGGAUCUUUUAGGGGAAGCUGGGACUUUUCUUCCUCUUUUUCGAGAGAGAGAGGAUUACUACAUGGGUUCAAUUUCUGAAACGGCAGCUGAAAUGGGUUACAGCAAGCCUCUCGGAAUUCAGUUCUUAGAAUGCAUAAGGAGACGUAAACUUUCCUAUAAGUCCUACCAAGCCAUUGUCUUGAUUGUAACAUUUUUGGCUUAUACCAGCUACCAUGCUGCAAGGAAAGCCACCAGCAUUGUUAAGAGUACUCUUGAUCCUGAAGCAUCAGAUAUAGGAACAGGGUUGAAGUUCCCAUUUAGGAUAAGUUAUGUUCAUGAGCCAGCUGAAAACAAAAAAUUCUCUUGGGUGCUCAAAGAUGGUUGGGCACCAUUUAAUGGAUCUGAUGGGACGGCCCUGCUUGGUGAUCUAGACCUGGCUUUCCUAUCAGUCUACGCUGUGGGAAUGUACUUUUCUGGUCACUUGGGUGAUAGACUGAAUUUAAGAAUCUUUUUAACAGUGGGAAUGUUAGGAACUGGUUUGUUUACCUCAUUUUUUGGUGUUGGUUACUGGGCAAACAUUCACAGCUUCUACUAUUACUUGAUCGUUCAAAUGCUUGCUGGUUUAUUUCAAUCAACUGGAUGGCCUUCAGUCGUUGCAGUUGUUGGUAACUGGUUUGGAAAGAAAAAGAGAGGCCUGAUCAUGGGCAUAUGGAAUGCUCACACAUCUGUAGGGAACAUUACUGGUUCUCUGGUUGCUUCAGCAAUGUUGAGCUAUGGAUGGGGUUGGUCGUUUGUUGUUCCUGGUCUCAUUGUUGUUUUCAUUGGAGUGGUGGUUUUUCUCUUACUACCUGUUAGUCCUGACUCUGUUGGUGUUGAUAAAGAAGAAGAUGAAUUGCAUUUUACCAAGAAAAGUGGAGAUGAAGAAGUAACUGAACCUCUAUUAAGGUCAGAUCCUGAGCAUGAAGAAAAAGCUGUGGGGUUCAUAGAAGCAUGGAAAAUCCCUGGGGUGGCUACAUUUGCUUUAUGCCUCUUCUUUGUUAAGUUGGUUGCUUACACAUUUCUCUAUUGGCUCCCAUUUUACAUUGCCCAUACAGCCAUUGAGGGGAAGUAUCUAUCCAGUAAGGCAGCUGGAAACCUGUCAACAUUGUUUGACGUUGGAGGUGUGGUAGGAGGGAUCUUAGCUGGCCACAUUUCUGAUAGCCUAGAUGCUAGAGCUAUAACUGCGGCAAGUUUCACGUAUUGUGCUAUCCCUGCUCUCUUUUUCUAUCGUUGCUAUGGGCAUGUUUCCCUGGCAUUAAACAUUGCCCUCAUGUUCAUUACUGGAAUGUUUGUCAAUGGGCCUUAUGCUCUCAUAACAACUGCUGUCUCGGCUGACCUGGGAACACACAGUUCAUUAGAAGGGAACUCAAGGGCAUUAGCGACUGUGACAGCUAUCAUAGAUGGAACAGGUUCUGUAGGGGCUGCAAUUGGACCAGUAUUAACAGGUUACAUUUCUGAGAAGAGCUGGAGUGCAGUUUUUACCAUGCUGAUGGCCGCAGCCCUAAUUGCAGGGCUGCUGCUAACUAGACUUGUUGUGGCCGAGGUGGCUGCAAAGAUUUCUGAAUCAAGGUCACAAGGAGGGUCAAUAUCAAGAUCUUCAGAACCAGAUGUGUGAUACUUUAGGGGGAGCAAUUGCUAUUGUAUUUAUAUCUAAGAUGUGUUAUUUUCUAAUGUCUUUCUUAGCUCUAGUUGUAAAAUGAAGAGGAGAAGACCCUUUGAUUAUGGCUAGAGCAGGAGAUGAUGCCUUUUACCCUUCUGCAUCUAACUUUGAUGCAUAGAGGAUGGCUAUUCUCUUUUUCUGCUUGGUGUUAUAUGAAUGGGGAAAAGUUGUCAAAAGGGGAAAAUUGUAAAAGGAAACAAGGAGGAUGGGAAAGAUGCUCCAUGCCCAUCUUUAUGUACAUUCUUGUAAUUUGAAUGAAGCACCACCAUCAAAUUAUCCUGGUACAUUUCUACCGUUGGUUAUUCCAGCAACAAUAUUCCAAGCAGGCCUUUGGUCAAUCUGG